AGCCCGGGCGCUCCCGGCUCCACCAGCCCCGGUUCUUGCGCCGUUUCCCGCAACCCUGGAGGAAGCUCCUUUGUUUGCUUGGCUGCGAGUGAUUUUCCUCCGCUGGUUCCUGCUCGGGGCUGCCCGAGGCUGCUUCCCCGUGGGCUGGGGCGCUCUGUGCCUCAGUUUCCCUGUCUGUGAGCGGGCGCGGUGCCCUGAGGGAGGUCCCUCCACCCCCCGCCCCGUCGUGGGCCGGGCUGGGCCAGCACCGGGCGCUGCGCUGGGCUGAGGCCACUCCAGGAGCUGCCGCUUUGCGACCCGGAGGUGAGUUGGGACCCCCCCUGCUCCCAGGGACCAGCCCGGGGCCACCCGCAGCCCCCACCCUGGGACAACCCUACCCAGGGCACCCCCACCCCGUGGGUUGUGGGGAGCUGCAGAGUGGGGUGACCCGGGGCUGCCGUGGGGCUGUGCUGCUGCGCACCGCGCUCAGCGUGGGGUCCUACACCCAGUAUGGGGGGGUCUCUGUGGUGCUGCCGGGUGAGGCUGAGGGACCCUGGGGGGCUCUGCCAGCCCCUAUGGGGUCGCCCCAUCGCCCCGUUUGCCCCGUCACACCAUCCUUCCUCCACCCCACUCGUGAACUUUCCCCAGGCGUGGGGCUGGGUUUGCAGGGUUUACAGCCCGCGUUGGGCUGUAAAGUGGGGCUGAAGGUCGCCCUUCAGAACGCAGCUGCUCCGGAAAAUCCAGGUGAGGGACGGGGGGAGCUCAGGGGGAAGCGGCGUGGUCUCGGGUGGGAGCCUUUGGGUGCUGCUCCCCCCACCCUGGCCUGUCCCCCCCCGUGCUGCCUUCCCCUGCCAGGAAGGAGGGAGGAAGCGGAGGCUGAAUUUGUCCUGCCCCAAGAACAGGAUCCAGGUGUCCGUAUUUCCUGGCUGGGCCCCCGUUUCCCCCACAGGAGUGGUCCUGCCCCCCCGAGCCCCCAUCCCCACUGGGUGCACCGGGAAGGACCCAGGUUGGGUGCAUGGGUGCCUUGGCCGCAGGGUGCGAGGGGGAGCUGGGCAUGGGGGGUCAGGGAGCAGCCGAGGUCCUGGCCACGGGCCACAUCCUGCCCGGCCCCGGGCUCAGCCGGCGCUUCCAGCCACGCUGGGCGUCCCCGGUGGGUCCGUGUCCCUUCCGAGCCCCUAAGGAGCAGCCAGAGCCUGGGGGUGCAGCGGCUGCUGGAGACCGGGGGGUGUUUUGGGGAAGGGGCUGCAUGUCGGUGGGUUGCAGCCCCCGCUCUGCUCUGUCCAGCCCCCCGGAGCGAUGGAGACCACGACUUCGCUGCUGGACGCCGCGGCCGCCGGGGACCUGGUGCUGCUGGACCCGCUGACCGAGGAGUCGCUGCUGCAGACGCUGCAGGAGCGAUUCCACCGCGGUGACAUCUACACGUACAUCGGGAACGUGUUGAUCUCGGUGAACCCGUACCGGCCGCUGCCCAUCUACACCCCCGAUAAGGUGCAGGAGUAUCAGGACUGCAACUUCUUCGCUGUCAAGCCUCACAUCUACGCCAUCGCCGAUGACGCCUACCGCUCGCUGCGCGACCGCGACAGGGACCAGUGCAUCCUCAUCACCGGCGAGAGCGGGGCUGGCAAGACAGAGGCCAGCAAGCUGGUGAUGUCCUACGUGGCGGCUGUGAGCAGCAAAGGGGAGGAGGUGGACAAGGUGAAGGAGCAGCUGCUGCAGUCCAACCCGUGCUGGAGGGUGAGUGCCUUUGGAAACGCCAAGACCAUCCGCAACGACAACUCUUCACGAUUCGGCAAGUACAUGGACGUGGAAUUCGACUUCAAGGGGGAGCCCCUGGGAGGGGUCAUUAGCAACUACCUGCUGGAGAAAUCCCGCAUCGUCCGGCACGUGAAGGGCGAGAGGAACUUCCACAUCUUCUACCAGCUCCUGGCCGGGGGUUCGGCGCAGCUGCUCCAGCAGCUGAAGCUGCGCCAGGACUGCCAGCACUACGGCUACCUGAACCGCGAGAGCUCUGCCCUGUCCGGCGUGGACGAUGCCGCCAACUUCCACGCCAUGCAGGACGCCAUGCGUGUCAUCGGCUUCUCGCCGGCCGAGGUGACGGCGCUGCUGGAGGUGACGGCCGUGGUGCUCAAGCUGGGCAACGUGCAGCUGAGCAGCAGCUUCCAGGCCAGCGGGAUGGAGUCCUGCAGCAUCGCCGAGCCGCGGGAGCUGCAGGAGAUCUGCGAGCUGAUCGGGCUGGACCCCGGCGUGCUGGAGCGGGCGCUGUGCUCCCGCACGGUGAAGGCGCGGGACGAGACGGUGCUCACCGCCCUCAGCGUCCCCCAGGGCUACUACGGCCGGGACGCGCUGGCCAAGAACAUCUACAGCCGCCUCUUCGACUGGCUGGUGAACCGCAUCAACACCAGCAUCCAGGUGAAGCCGGGCAAGCAGAGGAAGGUGAUGGGUGUCCUGGACAUCUACGGCUUCGAGAUCUUCCAGGACAACGGCUUCGAGCAGUUCAUCAUCAACUACUGCAACGAGAAGCUGCAGCAGAUCUUCAUCCUGCUGACGCUGAAGGAGGAGCAGGAGGAAUACGUCCGAGAGGGCAUCCAGUGGACACCGGUGGAGUUUUUCGACAACAGCAUCAUCUGUAACUUGAUUGAGAACAGCACCGGCGGGAUCCUGGCCAUGCUGGACGAGGAGUGCCUGCGGCCCGGCACCGUCAACGAGGACACCUUCCUCGCCAAGCUCAACCAGCUCUUCGCCACCCACAAGCACUACGAGAGCAAGGAGACGCAGAGCGCCCGGCACAUCAUGGACGCCAGCCUGCCGCCGCGGUGCUUCCGCAUCCACCACUACGCCGGCAAGGUCACCUACAACGUGACGGGCUUCAUCGAGAAGAACAACGACCUGCUGUUCCGUGACCUGUCGCAGGCCAUGUGGGCCGCCCGGCACGCGCUGCUGCGCUCGCUCUUCCCCGAGGGGGACCCCCAAAAAGCGUCCCUCAAGCUGCCCCCCACCGCCGGCUACCAGUUCAAAGCCUCAGUGGCCACGCUGAUGAAGAACCUCUACUCCAAGAACCCAAACUACAUCAGGUGCAUCAAGCCCAAUGAGACCAAAGCGGCGAUGCUCUUCACGCCGGAGCUGGUGCUGGCGCAGGCGCGGUACCUGGGGCUGAUGGAGAACGUGCGGGUGCGGCGGGCGGGCUACGCCUUCCGCCAGCUCUACGGCCCCUUCCUGAACCGCUACAAGAUGCUCAGCGCCCAGACGUGGCCCCGCUGGGCCGGCAGCGACAGGGAUGGGGCUGAGCAGGUGCUGGCGGAGCUGCCGAUCCCCACCGAGGAGCUGGCGUUCGGCCACACCAAGGUCUUCAUCCGCUCGCCACGAACUCUCUUCGACCUGGAGCGGCGGCGGCAGGAGCGCGUGGCACAGCUUGCCACCCUCAUCCAGAAGACGUUUAGGGGCUGGCGGUGCCGGACCCAGUACCAGCUGAUGCGCAAGAGCCAGAUCCUCAUCUCCGCCUGGUUCCGGGGCCACCGGCAAAAGAACAAGUACGAGCAGAUGAAGCGCUCGGCGCUGCUCAUCCAGGCGUACGCACGGGGCUGGAAGUCCCGCCGGCUCCUCCGGGAGCUGAAACGCCAGCGCCGCCGUCACGCAGCCGCUGCCACCAUCGCCGCACACUGGAGAGGGUUCCAGGUCCGCAGGGCGUACAGGAGAUAUUUCCGCUCCGGGGCCAGCGCCUGCUUGGCCAACUUCAUCUACCGGCGGCUGGUGCAGAAGUUCCUGGUGGGGCUGGGGAGGAACCUGCCGCCGCUGGCGGUGCUGGACCGGACCUGGCCCCCCGCACCGUACAAGUUCCUGGCCAACGCCAACCAGGAGCUGAGGAGCAUCUUCUACCACUGGAAGUGCAAGAAGUACCGGGAGCAGCUGCCGCCACAGCGCCGGGCUCUGCUGCAGGCCAAGCUCUGCGCCAGCGAGCUCUUCAAGGACAAGAAGAGCCUCUAUCCAAAAAGCCUGCCGCAGCCCUUCCAGGGCGAGUACCUGGGGCUGACGCAGAACCCCAAGUACCAGAAGCUCAACGCGGUGGCCAAGGACAAGCUGGUGAUGGCCGACACGGUGCAGAAGGUGAACAGAGCCAGCGGGAAGACGGUGCCGCGGCUGCUGCUGCUCACCAAGGAGCACCUGGUCCUGGCCGACCCCAAGGCUGCUCAGCCCAAGACCGUGCUCAGCCUGGGCGACAUCCGCAGCGUCACCGUCACCCGCUUCUCCGACGGCUUCCUGGCCCUGCACCUCAAGGAGACCUCCACGGGGGGGGCCAAGGGCGACUUCUUGCUGGUCAGCAGCCACCUCAUCGAGCUGGUCACCCGCCUGCACCAGACGCUGAUGGACACCAAAGCACAGGCGCUGCCGCUGCACAUCACCGACCAGUUCUCCACCCGUUUCCAGAAGGGCGACGUGGCCGUCACCGUGGUGGAGUCACCCAAGGCGAGCAGCGACGGCCCCGUCUGCAAGAAGCGCGGCAGCCACAAGAUGGAGGUGCUGGUGCACUGAGGGGACCCCCCCACCCCGCCGAGACCCCCCCCCGUCCUGCCAGGUCCUGGCACUGCCUGGGAAUUGCUGCAAACCCAUUAAAAUGCUCUGGUUUC